GGGUUCAGGUGUGUUUGCUGACUUGUUUAAAGUGAUGCGCCUUAUUAGCGUGAUGCAUUAACACUUAUUUUAAGCCCAUGUACACUUUAAAUAUGACUUAUUUAAUAUUGGUUUAGCACAAGAAAGCUGACUUCUUUAUCGAGAUCCAGCAGCAAAUAUAUUUGCUUAACUUUCUGUUUGUUACUUUUACUUGUUUCCCCCACCCCCAUCGGUAGGAUUACCCUACGUGUUUUGUUUUUUUUUUUUUUAAUUCCUGUAAAUGUUUUAGCUGUGAAGAUUAACUGACUUGACUGUCAUGAAGGAAGAAAUCGCCGCCGCUGUGUUUUUCGUGGCCCGCUUGGUUAAACGGUACGGCUGUCUGGAUAAUGACAGCCGAGAACGCUUUGCCGCCGAGCUCACAUCUGCUUUGUUUGAGAGCUACAAAAACCACUGGCACCCGAACGCACCGACCAAAGGGCAGGCCUACAGGUCUGUACGGGACUCCAAAAUGUUACCUUCACUUGUUUUACUGGUGCGUUGUAAAUUGGACAACUACUACAAUUGGUGUCUACGUAUGAACCGUGUGCUACUACAAGACCCUGUGUUGCAAAAGGCUUGUGAGAGGAGCGCGGUUCGCUACGAGGACCUGGGUCUGCCUCAAGAACUGACCUUGUGGGUUGACCCCGGUGAGGUUUCAUGCAGUUCUACUGUUACCAGGUACGGCGAACACAGCGCCCCCUUCUGCAUUUCCACCGUGGACUGCUGCGGACGGCGGGCAGAUGGUGAGUUUUCCCGCCGUGUCCAUGACGCAGUGGAGCGCGCCAGCUUGGGUGUGCCGUCGGGGAGCUCUUCGGAUGAGGAGGAAGAUGGUGGCGACAGCAGCAUGAGCAGCAGUGGCAGCAGCGUCCUGUCUGCGCUUUGCCACCCGGCCAACCCUGAACCCAUGACCAUCCCCACCGUCAACAACCCCAAUAGUGUCUACCGGUUCAGCGAGUUUAGUCUCGGCGCCCCCAAGACGUGGCUCACAUACCCCAAGAGGAAAGCUUUCUCCGGGGAUGCUUUCCAGCCUCAUGCCCCUCCUCCCCCUCCUGGAGGUCCUGUACAGCAGCCCUCUGGCCAGAACAGCUUGAAGUCCUACAGGGCCACGUUCAUGUUCACUGGCCCCCGUGUGGACAAGUACCACUGGGUCAGCACUUCCCGAUCCUAGAACCCACUACAAAUCUGGAACCAGACUAUAGACUUGACAGUCAGGGUGGAGGGGAGUCGGUCAACUUUAAAGAAUAAUUAUUGCAUGAUUUAAAUAGUUUUUUUGCUCUAUUUUAAAGUCUUGACAUAAGUGUUUUUAAAUAAUUCUAAAUGUUUUUAAACUCUCACCUGUGAAUAAAGUAACAUUGAACUGUGGAUGAAAAGAAAUAAAGAACACAUCUAA